CAUGUUCACGCCCCUACCCUGGCCACACCCCCAACCUGUCGUGGAACCCGCCCCGGAGCUCUCCAGCAGCUGUGCAGCCCGCACCCUCCGCCAGUGACAGCGCUGCUACUGCAGGAGUGUGUGUGUGUGCUGCCGCCAGCGCCGCUAGUCUUUCCUCUUGUUCCUCGUGUCUAGGAAUGAGAAGCGAUGUCCGGCUUAUCCAGCGAGGAGAAAACCUGCCGCAGGUUCUUGGAGCUUUUCUUAGGGGAGUUUAGAGGAGAGUUCGGGGAGGAGGACCCUAUCCCACUCCGGCCCGUGUCUGACCACAUCACCCCUGAAGAGGUGGAAGGGGAAUGCCUGGACCUGUGCCUGCAGCAUCUCUGCAAAUAUAAUUGCCCGUCUUUCCUGGCUGCUGCAUUGGCAAGGGCAACAGCAGAUGAAAUCCUGCAAAGUGACCUGUCUGUGUACUACUCACCAAAGCAUGUGGAUGGCACAGAGGGGAUUUUACAACUUGAGGCCAUAAAACUUGCCCGUGGAGUAUUCGGCAAGCUGCAUGAAAUCUGCUGCAGUUGGGUAAAAGACUUCCCCCUACGCAAACCACACAUGUAUUAUGAUAUCUCUAUCCACGCCAUCAAGAACAUGCGAAGAAAGAUGGAGGACAAGCAUGUCUGCAUCCCUGACUUUAAUAUCCUGUUCAAUUUGGAGGAUCAGGAAGAGCAAGCUUACUUUGCUGUGUUUGAUGGUCAUGGAGGAGUGGAUGCUGCCAUUUAUGCCUCUAUCCACCUGCAUGUGAACUUGGUGCGACAAGAAAUAUUCCCACAGGAUCCAGCUGAAGCUUUGUGCAGAGCAUUUCAAAUUACAGACGAGAGCUUUAUGAAGAAAGCAGCAAGGGAGAAACUUCGGUGUGGAACAACAGGUGUGGUGACGUUUAUCCGAGGGAACAUGCUGCACAUUGCCUGGCUAGGAGACUCGCAGGUGAUGUUAGUACGGGGAGGUCAGGCUGUGGAACUAAUGAAGCCACAUAAACCAGACAGAGAGGAUGAAAAGCAUCGAAUCGAGGCCCUGGGAGGUUGCGUUGUCUGGUUUGGUACGUGGAGGGUUAACGGAAGCCUUUCUGUCUCCAGAGCUAUUGGGGAUGCAGAGCACAAGCCAUAUAUUUGUGGAGAUGCAGAUUCUGUCUCCACUGUCCUUGAUGGCUCUGAAGAUUACCUAAUUCUGGCAUGUGAUGGAUUCUAUGAUAUAGUCAACCCUGAAGAAGCUGUGAAAGUGGUGUCUGACCAUCUGAAAGAGAACAAUGGAGAUAGUAGUAUGGUUGCCCAUAAGUUGGUGGCAUGUGCUCGUGAUGCUGGCUCAAGUGAUAACAUCACAGUGAUUGUGGUAUUUCUCAGGGACCUGGAUACAACUAAUACCGAACAAGAUAAUAAGCAAACAGAGAACUCUUUUGAUGGUGGGCAAGAAGACAAUGGAGAUGAUAAAGAGAACCAAGGAGAUUGUAAAGGGUCAUGGCCUCUUCACCAGUGCUCAGCACCUGCUGACCUUGGAGGCUAUGAUGGGCAGGAUUCCUUCACAGACAGAACUAGCUUGAGUCUUGGCCCUGAAGUAAAGGUUCUAGAAGAUGAAGACUAUCUAAACCCAUUGAAGGGGGGUGAUGGCAAACCACAUAAUGCCAAAUGUUUACCGUGCUCCCAAGUGACCAGUAAUAGCUCACCAAAGAGAGCCAAUGGAAGGAAGGAGUUUUUAGAAGGGGCUUCAUCCUAUUUAGAAAAAGGUUUUCGUGAAGGUGAUUCCAGCAGUCAAGGAUUGGGAUGUAUUGAUAUCUUAAUGCCCAGAAAGGAGGGUUCACUUUGUCCUUUGAAAGAUAAAUGUUUGGAAGCAAUGAUGAAGGUCCCCUUUCAUUUAGCUCCCUUACAUUUCAAAAAGAGGAGAGGAGGAAUCAAGGCAAAACCAAAGUGUCCACAGCUUCGCUCUUCCCAAAAGCCUUGUUACAAAGCUCAGUCUACGCCCGUGCAAAGUGUUGUUAAAAAUAGGGUCUCAACCCAUAGCUCUGUAAGAUGUAGGAAAGGUAGUCAUCAUGAUACUUUGAUGAAAAGAGCACUGUUAAGAGAGAGCAACUGUAUAGCAUUGGCAGACCUACAUAGAAGCUAUAAAAUGUAAAAAACAAAAUCUACAAACCUUGUGAGUUAUAUAAUUGUAGUGCUCCAGUGAAUUAGGUUAGAUAGACCUAGACUUAAAUGGCAUUCUUUUCAAUUUAGUGUAUUUCUCUCACCCCAUUCAGUGUACAGUAUGGUACCCUAUCUAAAGAAAUCUAACAGAAGAACUAAAUGGUAACGUCAGACAUUGGGAACCACUUUGUCAUACAUAACCACUACUUCUAUACAUAAGCAUUUCCCACUUGAGGCCAGUGAACACAUCAAACAGCAUUUAGCAGUCAGGGGGUGAUCAGAGAAUGAAGACAGAUGAAGUAUUCUGGCCUCACUUUCACAAACAUGGAUUGCCAGAAUAAUGCAGGUUUAUUCAACACACCGGGGAUAUAGGCACAUUGAUGUUAAGUUCCAUUUGUGUUGGUAGCACUGCCAGUGUGACUUGCACAGGGUAACCCAGGCCUUUAAAGAAAAGCUCAUGAUAUAUCCGUCAUUUACUUUGGAAUUUCCCAGGCCUGGUUUCCACAGAACAGUGGAUUCCUAGUGGGAUUAUUCGAUAAGAAUUGAUUUAUUUUUUUAACUCCCCUGAAAAUGUACAGACAAUAACAAAAACAACACUAAAUUAACAUUUAUUAUGGGAAACUUGUUUCUUCCAUUUAUUUCCCAUUAAACAGACAAUAAAAUAUAACAGCAUAGCUUACUGUGUGACAGAACAUUCCUUCUCUUUGUAUUGUAUGAUAUUAACAAGGGGGCUUUGGCGUCACACAUGACUACUAAUAUUGUGCAUUCACAAAAAAAACAAUGCUCACAAAGGUGGAGUUUAUAUUCCCUACCACUAUGUAUUAUCAAUCAUAAUUCAUCUUUACAAGUGCAUAAAUAUUUUUUAACACUCGGUUUUUAGGAGCAUGGUUAAGAUGACAGAAUUACAUGCCACAAACACCACUUCCACCCCUGUAUUGUUGUUUUCACAUAUUGUUAAGCUGGCACCAGAAAUGUGGCACUGAGACCAGACAUUCUUUGGCCAGCUGGGCUUAUUUAGAGGGGCCUCCAAAAUCAACAAACACAAAACCCUUGGGGCCCUCCUUACUGCAGAGUAAUUCUGCUAAAUCUCAUAGGAGGCGUGGGAGCACAAUCAGGUUCAUUUCUUACAGCUAAUUAAGCUUAAAUCUACAGCAAAUAAAUGUGGCAACCAGUGUUAAUUCCUUGACCCAAUGUACUUAUGACAUAAAAGUGGAUGCUCUUUGCUCAACAAAGCCAUUCUCUAUAUUGAUUGCAAGCAGUGUGACAGCCCCACUUAUUUGCAAACAUACUGGAAAUGAAUGUUCGAUACAGAAAAUCAAUUCUCUGUAUCUUCUUACUUCAAAGUUUAUUUAAGGGGAACUAUAUGGAAAAUAAAUUAUACUUAAUACUGUGUAAUGUACUAAAGGUUAAAGAGAUUCCAGAAGCCUGCAUUCUGUGGUUGUUGGUUUGCCUACCUCAGGCCAACCUUCUUCACCAGUUUAGAGCAGUUAAUAGAACAUUAACAAGCUCAGCUGUCUGCUAAACAUGAUCUGGUUCUGGGCCCAAAAGUGAAGUUUCAGAACAAUCAAUUUUUAAGUGGCCUAAUAUUUCCUGUAUUUCAGUAUCCAGCAUUUCACUACUGCAUUUUUACAUCUGUACUUUAGAGAAAAAGGCUAUAUAUAUUAAUAUCUUAUUUUUAUAGUGGAAGAUGUCACACUUUAUAUCUGCAAUAAGGCACUGCUAGAGUAUAUUCAGAUCUUAGUUCCCCCCAAGUGAUUCGUUCUGAUAACCGAAGCUCUUCAGUGCAAGGAAACUCAGGUAUGAGGGUAUUGGGUCAUCAUUUCUGACGUUCAUUCAUGGUUCAUGGGUGGAUUUAAUAAGUGAAUGUAACCUCACAAUGUGAAUCUGAGUUUCAUUUGCAAAUAUCAUAAUCUCCAGACUAGAAUGUGCAGAUGGAAAGAAAUCACAUGACAAAGCAUCACCACUGAUCUCCUACUGCCAACUCCUUUUAUCAUCUAAAUAUAACGAAAUACCUCUUAGCUUAUAUUAUGGGAUGAAUUGUGCCGUGAGUUAUUCCUCUGUCAUUACAUGAAAUCUAUUCCUCAAACAGAGCAGCAUGUCCAUUUCCAUAUGGAUUCAAUGUACAGACAGGAGCUGCCUUAAUUUCAUGCUCCAUUUUCCCUCUACAGAAAAACUGUUUCAUCGUCCUUAUUAAGAUAUCUGCCAUUAAGCUUGUUUCCAGCUCCAGUUUCUGCCCCCAAUAUACAGUAGAGAUACUGGGGCUUUAAAUGAACAAGCAGCAAAAUUAACUCCUGUCCCAAUUAUAUUACUGUGCCCCAAGUGUAAUUUCUUAGGGGCCUCACUUGUUGGCUGGUCCUACUUAACAAUCACAUAUGUCCACCCCUCACCCAGUUCAAAGGUGGACAUGCCUGUAUUCAUUUAGUAAAGUGUUAACAUAUGGGCCUUCAAAAUGAGAAUUCAUAGAACUCCAGACAAAAUUAGGUAAAAGAUUCCCCUUUUGGUUAAUCUAGUAACAUAGAAUUAAAAUGUUGACUAUAAGAAGAGUUUGACAUUUCAUUGUGCAUUGCACAGCCUACUGCAUCUCCAAGCCUUGCUCUUCCCAGACAUCCUGACCGGCUCAGGCGCUUUCCCACUCUCUUCUGUUAUUGGAUGAUGCAGUUGCAUAUUCAAGUAGCAGAAAUUUCCACCUCCAAAAUUAGAUUCCCCUAAUUCCUGCUACAUAAAUAUAUAGCUGUGAGGCAACUUUACUUGGUGGUCAUAGGAGGUCUAAUCAGUCCAGAGUGAUAUUUUUUUUAUCUUCUCGGCAAGGUUUUAUGAGCUUUAUUAUGAAGUUCGAAGGUUUCUCUUUCAAUAAAUCGAGGCAGAAAUGUUUAAUAGGAUCAAUUCAAAUUUCCCUUAGUGAAUUGUUACACACCUUUACUGGGAACAAACUGGGUAUAUUUUACACAUUUUUCUAACGAGGGAUAUCCGAUAUCCCUCUUUAGAAAAAAUAUGUAAAUUGCAUCGAAAAAAAAAAUAUGAAUUUUAGCACUACUACUACAUUAGGCACCUUGUAUUGAUUUGCAUUAGCUAACCAGGAUAGGCGCUGUACAUACAAACUCUUUCCUACUUCUUGCAGUGGAACAGCUUGUAUAAAAUGGACUGAGCCUAAGGAAAUGUUGGGUCUUAGAUCCAGACAACAAAGCCUAGUGCACUAGAAUGAUUAGUGUUACCAACUGGUUUAGAGAGAUUUACUGAAAGGGUCAUAGUAUUAACUUUGUAUUGAUUACCGCUGCUUUACUGAAAAUGUACUCACUGUACAUAUAAUUAUACAGUAGUAGCUAAGGCACGCAUUGUAUAUGCCACCUUGGCAGAUAAUCCUUUAUAUCCCUCUAUGUCACCAGCCUUCAUUUUUCUUAAAUGUGCCACUAUUAUUUUGGGAACAUCUUAAACCCCCCCCCCCCAAAAAAAAACCAUAUGUACUGGGCACUUGCUAUUAGUAGUUUUACAUUGCUGAUACCAUGCUAUUUCCACAGCAGCACUGAGCUCUAUGGUGUAAAAUGAUUGGUGUAGAUUCCAGUAGAAGGCUUUCCAUUGGAGAACCUAUACUUAAGUAGUGGUUGAUCUGUUUGGAGGAUCAAACACCCCCUAAAUCUGCAUUAUUCUCUGCCUGUUAAAAGUGUUGGGGGGGAAAACCCUCCACAAAUCUGGUGGUUUAGCCAUGACCAUGUAGGUUAGAUGUAGAUAUUAGAGCUACAAGAUACUAACAAUGAGUAUAACAUUUAAUGAGCAAGUAAGAGAGAGAGGAGAUAAACGUGCGUAUGGUAAUAUAUUGUAGGCUAUGCUGUAUAAAUCUAACAAAUGGCAUCUGCCAGAUUGUCACUGCUCACAGUUAAAGCAGACCUGACCCUAUGGAUCUCCAUAAUACUUUUACAUUUCUCCAUAAAAAAACAUUGUAAUAAAAGUUGCCCCAUCCACACAUGUAAUCAAUAAGAAUGGAAUGGCAAUGCAAUAAUGCCGUUUUUAUUUGUCCAGAAAUAUUGGUGCAUAAAGGAACUAGCCAUUAUAUUAUAGAGCUCUUGAUUGGUUGGAUAGUUUUGACCAAUAACUGAAAGGAAUCUAUGGUUGUACUUAAUUACUGCUCUUCUACUAAUGCAAGGGUUGUACCUCCUAAUACCUGUAUGUAUAAUACAUAAGCAAUUUCAGCUGUCACUGUACUCAUUUGGAUGAUGUUGGCAUUGUUGGAUAUAUUGGCAAAGUCUUUAGAAUCUUUCCUGGACACAAACUCUAAUUAACUAAAAGAGUGUUGAUUGGCAGGUUUAUAGAACAUGGUGUCAAUUCUUCCAAGCAGUGCUCUAUAAAUUGCCUUAUUGAAUAUUCCUGAGCAUAUGUUUCUCAGUCCCAGAGCCGGUAAACUGGCAGUCAUUCACAUAUUCCUAUAUGAAGAAAAGUUGCCUUUCUUGAUAAAUUGAUCCAAUGAGUCCAUGGUGUACUGAUAAAUAAGAGAACAUUCAUCCACUAGAAAGCACUGCCUGAUGAUUUACUACAGACCACAGUUUUACAGCCGCCAUAUUGUCCAGAAACAACUCCCUUUUCUUUGUCAGUAUGGACUCAUUCUUUCAUGUAGACUGAGGGUCCCCCAACUUUUUCUUUUUUUGCGUAUAUUCUUUAUUUUCAGUUUUUCAAAAUGUUGAAAAUAAGGGGUACAGGGCACUCAUAACUCUAACUCCAGUAGUAUACAAAUCAUGACAACAAGUUUUUAACUAAUUAUACAGCAAUAUUCCUUAAACUGGGUUCUACUACAUAUUCUAAUUAAUUAAUCAUAGAGUUACUACAUAUAUCUAAUUAACAUAUAUCUAAUGAAAUAACCUUAUAAUAUUUAAAAUAUGAGAACAAGUAAAAGAAUUACCAUGACCAUCUUCUUCUAGAGCAGGGAUCCCAACCUUUUUUUACCCAUGAGUCACAUUCACACAUUCAAACAUAAAAAGAUUUAGGGAGCAUCAAAAUGUCACUGGGUGAACAAAAUAAGGGCUGUGAUUGGCUAUUGGUAGCCCAUAUAUGGACUGGCAGCCUACAAGAGGCUCUGUUUGGCAGUAUAUCUGGUUUUUAUACAACCAAAAGUUGCCUCCAAGCUUGGAAUUCAAAAAUAAGCUCCUGCUUUGAGGCCACUGGGAGAAACAUCCAAGGGGUUGGGGAGCAACAUGUUGCCCAUGAGCAACUGUUUGGGGAUCAGCAAUGUAGAAGAAUAAGGUUUUGUGGACCCUCCGCCCAUAAACAACCAGUUCAGUGAAUAAUGACGAGCAUUAAUACUCGUCAAGUCAAGUGUGCCGAUCUCAUUCCUCCAGUCUAUCGUUUAUGCUCUACCAAUAGCAGUGGUGGUUUAUCAGUCGGACAAUAUUCUGCUCUGGAUUCCCCAUUGUAGACAAAAGCAGUGCUUUGUGAAAUUCUACUGUGUUCAUUUUACUGGUGACUAGAAGAUCUGUGCCCUUAUUUGCUGCUUGCUAGUGUAAGCAAUAAGCCCCUCCCCCCUUCUAACUACUAAUAUCUAACAUUUCCGUCUCUUGUAAUUUAUUAUGGUAUUACUUAUGGUGAUAAUGUAAAAAACAGAAAUACUAAGACCAUUAUUAACAGUCUAUAUUACAUAGUAUCUAUUAACAGUUAAGGCUGAGGUGUAACCCUCAGCUUCUACGUCUUGUAAUUUUAGUGUGUUCCUAGUAGUGAUGGUAACGUGCAAAAAAAAAAAAAAGAAAACAAACCUAAAAAAUCUAUAUAUUUAUGCCUCAGAUUCAGAACUGGAGUAUCCCUUUUGUCGUUAGAAAAAAAAACAAAAAAACUUUUCUCAACAUCUGGUAGAAAUGAAAAUGUAAAUUUAUUGUGUUGGUUUUGAGAGAAACUUUUGAAGCCAUCAACCUAGCACUGUUCAAAACUUGCUUGUAAGCUGCUCACUGUGAGUUUGGGCCAACACGGGAUUGGUCAGCUUGUACGAAGUUACGCGUUUUUUUUUUUUCCUUUGGAAGGGAUUACUUUCCCUCUCACACAGCUGUGAUCUCCCACCUGGGUUUGGAACGAAAAGGUGGUUGGGAAAACAUUAUACAUAUGUAAAUAUUUUGUUGUGUGCCUAGAAGUGUCACCCAUUGUCCUUGCAAAUAAAACAUGAGACCACAGUUCGAGAUAAAACUGUAUUGAGAAGUCACGAUCUUGAUUCUUUCAAUUUGUUUCUGGCUAAUACUGUUUUUUUUUUGUUUUUUUCUCCUCCAGUUUUCCAAGGACAACGACAGAUUUAACUUGUAUUUUGAUUCAUUUAAUUUUGCAUUUAUUGGGGCUUUCUGAUUGGGUUAGUGUGUGUGUGUGUGUGUGUGUGCGCUUUAUGAUGGGACUACUGAGAAUUUAGGAAUAGUCACUGGCUUUUAUUUUAGUACACUUGUACUAGUGGCAUUUGUUUUUGCUAAUAACUAAGAAACAGCCAUGAAGUGUCCCAUUCGUAGGCAACAUUAAAAUCGUAUUGUGAAUUUCUUUCACUGACAUUUCGGAAAAUUGUAUAAAAAAUGGAUUUCCUUGUUACGUAUCACUUGUGACGAGAAAGAAUCCAGAGGUUUAAGUUAGUUAAAUAUUCAGUAUUUUAUUUUUUAACAAGUACCAAAACCAGUAAGAGUUCUGCUUGAGGAUGGUUUCCUAUUGCACUUUCCAUAACGCUUGUGUGCCGUGCGUUUCUUUUUGCUGAUCUUCCAUUUCUUUUUUUCUGUAAGGUGUUCAUAUACAAAGCUGUAGUAUCCACGGACAUAUUAAUCUUAACCCAAUUAUUUGUUUAUAGGGUGCCUAUGGUAUUAGUUUGCCCUGGAAUGUUUUACCUUAUUCCAAGCAAUCUUGCCAGCGGGGUGUCUAUAAACAAUACUAUGCACUUUGUGUCAAAUUGGGGAGUUUGCUCUUGUGACUAAACAAUGAAGGAUCCUCUGGAUUUCAUUUCAAGAUGUUGUCAAAUAAACAUGUUGUUGGGAUUUAACCAGUAUAGUAAUAAAAAGACAACUACAAACAA